AUGUCGGCUUCCGAGCAACAAUCCUCAAGCCUGCCAUUCGGCCAGAACGUCUCCCUGAAAGAUGUCAGCGGUCCUACCUAUCUGACCGCUCAGACUCUGGUUCAGCAGGUCGCAUACUCGCUCUCGGACAAGAUCUUUUCCUACUCCCCCGAGACUUUCGACCUUGAUGUCGCCGCAAAGAGCUGGGAAAGUGCUGGUGAACAGAAUGCCCAUGGUUACAAGACUGGCCUCGCCUCAAUGGAGACUCGCUCCGGCGCUGGCUCAAUCGCUCUCGGAUACAUGUUCUCCAAGGACUUUGACCUGAAGAAGCGUCACAUUCCUCAGUCCAUUGUCGCCUCGUCCGGCAGUCUUGCCCACUUGCGCCCUGCCCUCGAUCAAUUGGCUCUCCUUUACAAUGUUGCCAACCCUACUGUCGCUCACGUCGCUGCUGUCGACUAUGCUGCCAACUCUUCCACCGGCUUCGUUACCGACUAUGUCUCCGCCCUCCGUCUCGCUGAGGAGCUCGGUCUGGGUCUGGUCGCAUCCGCCUCCACUUACGAGAUGCAGCACAUGUCCCUCUUUGCGACCCUCAUGGCCUCGAUCGUUCCCUCUCUCCACGUUUACGAUGGAAUCACCGUUGGCAGAGAGACCACCAGAAUCAUUGACGUUCUCGACAAGUCCGGUCUCAAGAAGACCUACGACGCCAUCCUCGGCGAUUCGUCUCUCACCGAGAAGAAGCACUCUGACAACGAAGGCAGAGUCAGCCGCCUCCUGAAGGCCUUCAACAAUGAGUUGGGCACCGAGUACAAGUUGUUCGAAUACUCUGGUCAUGCCGAGCCUGAAUCAGUCCUGGUUGUUUUCGGUACUGUUGAGGCUUCUUUGGCUACCCAGAUUGCUCGCGCUCUUUCGGAGAAGGGUAUCAAGAUUGGUGUCAUCAAUGUCCGUGUAUACCGUCCUUUCGUCGAGGAGGAGUUCCUCGAGGUUCUUGCUCCCUCCGUCCAGAACGUCGCCGUCCUCGGCCAGGUCCUUGACCAGUCCGCUGUCACCGACGACACUCAACACUCCAACCUCUACACCGAUGUUCUUGCUGCCCUCACCUUCGCUACACUGAACAAGACCCCCGCUGUCUUCGACAUCAAGUAUGCUAGAGAGCAGGUCUGGACCCCCACCUCGGUCGCCGGCCUUCUGCAGCAGAUUGGUCAGAAGAUUGACCACGCUCCCACUGAGGCGGAGCGUUUCGAGCUUCCCACUGGCGAUGUUCAGCAGUACACAUUCUGGGAUAUUGACAGCUCCAACGCUGUUUCUGCCCCCAUUCAGGUUGGCCAACUUCUGUCCGGCGACUCUAAGCUCAACGUCAGUGUCCGCAGUGGUCACGACAACCUCGUCGCUGGUGGUGUUGUUCGCACUGACAUCAGAACCUCGACCAAAUCCAUCGAGGCUGCUUACUCCAUCAGCUCUGCCGACGUCACUAUCGUCAACGAUUCGAGCCUUUUGAAGAGCUUCGAUGUUCUCAAGUCUGUCAAGGACGAGGGUAUCGUUGUUGUCAAGCUCUCUGGAGUCAAGGAUGAUGAGGUUGAGAAGCACAUCUCUUCCGAGGUUCGCAAGGCUUUGGCUUCAAAGAAGAUCCAGCUCUUUGCUCUCGAUACCGCCGCUUCUGCCAAGGUUCAGGAGCAGCCUGAGCUAGAGAGCUACCUUGUUCAGCUUGCUUUCCUCAAGCUCGCUCGUGGCGAUCUCUACGAGACUGGCGUCAAGAAGCUCGCUGGUGGCAAUGACACUCUCGAGGCUCUUUCCAAGGAGCUUGACGAAGUUGUUCGCAAGGUCGAGGUUCCCGAGUCUUGGCUCACUGUUGAGCCUGAGGCCAACCAGCCCCCGCUGAUGCCUGAGGACUUGAACAUCAACAGUUUCAUCAAGUUUGACAAGGAAGAGCCCGAAGAGGCUUAUCUGCUCAGAGACUGGCAGAAGGUCGCUAAGGGUCUCGCUUUCAAGGAGGCAUACGGCACCGAGAACGCUCUGCGUCCCGAUCUCAGCGUCAAGACUGCUGUGGUCACUGUCAAGGAGCGUCGCCGUCUUACUCCCAGCACCUACGACCGUAACAUCUUCCACAUUGAGUUCGAUCUUGGUGAGACUGGUCUUACCUACGCCAUUGGUGAGGCUCUUGGUAUCCACGCCGAGAACGACAAGACCGAGGUCGAGGAGUUCAUCAAGUGGUACGGACUCAACCCUGAUGAGGUCGUUGAGGUUCCUUCUCGUGAGGACCCCCAGGUUCUCGAGAACCGCACCGUUUACCAGGCUCUCAUUCAAAAUAUUGAUAUCUUCGGUCGUCCUCCCAAGCGCUUCUACGAAGCUCUUUCCGAGUUCGCCUCGGAUGAGGCUGAGAAGACCCAGCUCCUCUUGCUUGGUACUGGUGGUAACCAGGAAGCUCAGGUUGACUUCAAACGCCGCGCUGAGGUCGAUACUGUCACUUACGCCGAUCUCCUGCUUGAGUUCCCUUCUGCCCACCCCUCUUUCCACGACAUCGCCCGCAUUGUUGCUCCCAUGAAGCGCCGUGAAUACUCUAUCGCUUCUUCCCAGAGAGUCACUCCUAACACCGUGACCCUCUGUAUCGUCACUGUCAACUGGGUCGACCCCAAGGGACGCGACCGCUUCGGUCAAGCCACCCGCUACCUCAACGGUCUUGAGGUCGGUUCGCCUGUCACGGUCUCUGUCAAGCCUUCGGUCAUGAAGCUUCCCCACAAGUCCACCGCUCCCAUCAUCAUGGCUGGUCUUGGUACAGGUCUUGCUCCCUUCCGCGCCUUCGUUCAGGAACGUGCUUGGCAGAAGGAGCAGGGCAUGGACAUUGGUGCAGUCAUGCUUUACAUGGGUUCUCGUCACCAGAAGGAGGAAUACCUUUACGGUGAGGAGUGGGAGGCAUACAAGGAUGCCGGUAUCAUUACCCACAUGGGUUGUGCCUUCUCUCGUGACCAGCCUGAGAAGAUUUACAUCCAGGAUCGCAUGCGCCAGACUCUUAAGGAGAUUCGUAAGGCCUAUCUCCAAGAGGAAGGUGCCUUCUACCUCUGUGGUCCUACCUGGCCUGUGCCUGAUGUUACCAACGUCCUUGAGGAGGCCAUUGAGGUCGAAGCCAAGGAGGCUGGCAAGAAGGUUGACGCUCGCAAGGUCAUUGACCAGCUCAAGGACGAGGAGAGAUACGUUCUUGAAGUCUACUAG